AUGCCGGAGCGCGGCAUCCCGCCAGGGUUCGAAUGGCUUGCGGGAGCGUGUAUUGUGAACAAUCCAGAAGUAUUCUGCAUAUCAUCUUCUCAUCCUUCUCUAAUCAGAUAUGUCAUAAUGGAGGAUUUCUUUCAUUUUCACGAUGUGUUAGGACUCAUUUACGAUUUCGUUCCAGUGGACUCUAAAAUGGUGGUACCAGAGGGAGACACUCUUACUCUCGGUGUUGGAGGUUUCAGCGCUGCCAAGCGGCUUUCCCCUGCACCCUAUAAGCAUAUUCCGGUGUAUCCACUGCGUUCUCCUGCGGUCAAUCUCUCCCACUGCAACAUUUCGCCAAUUCGUCCGUCAUGUUCGAACUGCUUCCCAGAACCUGUGCUUGGAUUUAAGAUGCAGGAUUAUGUGGAUCUUCUAGAAUUUUCCAGGUAUGGUGGAAUCCCUCAUCCUAUUUUACCUGGUGCUCGGCCUCCUUCGCCAUGGUUUGCAGACUUGCGGUACUCUCUCACCACUCCACUCCCACAUUCUUAUCCAAGUGUUUACAAGGAAGUUAUAGAGUCUGAUAAAGUCGCUGCUGCAGUAGUUCAAGGAGAAAAGCCCAGCACACCUAUGCUCAAAGCAAAAAGGAACGUUAAAACGUUCUUCAGCGAGAUUCAUGCCUCAUUAUCACGAUUCAUAUGUAAAAUUUGUGGUUAUAUUCUCUUCAAGGUAUUUCGUCGUCUUAUGACUCGUUUACUUGUAUGUCCAGCACAAAUGAAGAGACUAGUCGACGCUGAAAAGACUGGCAUUCCCCUCGUCUACCUUCCUCUGCACCGCUCUCAUCUCGAUUAUCUACUUAUUACAUGGAGCUCCUGGCACUUCGGCCUUCGUCUUCCACAUAUAGCUUCCGGAGACAAUUUGAACCUUAACGGCCUCGGAUGGCUUCUUCGUGCCACAGGUGCGUUUUUCAUUCGACGACGAACCGAAGUGAACGACAAUAGUGGCAAAGAUGUAAUUUAUAGAGCUGUUCUUCACUCGUACGUUGAGCAACUUCUGAAGAAAGGGCUAUGUAUAGAAUUUUUCCUGGAAGGGACGAGGUGUCGAUUCGGCAAACCUUUGUUACCGAAGCACGGCCUUAUUUCGAAUGUUAUCACAUCGGUACAGCAAAAAGUCAUUACGGACUGUUAUCUAGUGCCUGUAUCCUACACUUAUGAUAGUGUUGCUGAAGGUGUUUUCCUUGAUGAGUUGAUUGGAGUCUCCAAAAAACGUGAAAGUGUUGUUGGGGUGAUCACUGGAAUCUUCAAAAGUUUUGGGAAGUCGAAGAGAUGCGGAGCUGUACGAAUGCACUAUGGAAAACCCGUUCUUCUUUCGGAUUACUUGAACGCGCUGAAAGAAGCUCUCACAUCUCGUGAAGGAGUACCAGAGUUGACCCGCAUACCAAAUGGUUUUGCCUACAGAGAGUUGUUGCAAAUCCAUGGUAAACGUGAAGAGAAAGCAGAUGACAGAACUUUGGUUCGAUCCGUGGGAUAUCACUUAAUCUACGAGGCACAGUCUAUUGUGUCGAUUUCGUUGGUCUCUGUUGUGAGUGCAUUGUUGAUGUGCAAGUUUCGACAGGGUGUUUCUAUAGAAAUACUGUCCGCCGAUUGUCAGUGGCUAUGUGAGCAGAUCAUUCAUGAUGGUUCUGAAGUGAUGGGUUGGCAUAGUGGCGAGACUUGUGGUCGAAACGUCGUAGAGUAUGGUCUUCAGUACAUGCGUGAUUCAGUGGAGCGCCUCAUAGAUCCAAAAGAAGGCACUGACAAUAUAUUUUUGAUCAACAACCAUCGGCAGCUGAUAAAUAUGGCGUAUAACAAAAACGCUCUUGUUCCACUUUUUGCUCUACGGUCGGCUAUAGGAUUGGUGAUGGUAUCUCGCCCUUCUCCGCUUCUGUUUAACGAAGCGUUGAACGAUGUCGCUCUCAUAUGUGAUUUGAUGCAAGUCGAAGUUAUUUUUUGCAAACCGUGCGAAGAUCUUCGGGCGAUCAUAGCAGCAGCUAUUGGCAGUAGCGAUUUGAGUCAUGUAGAUUACGGACUACUUCGCCUUGAAGGUGACGAAAAGGAAUUUGAUGGCGAGAUUAAUCCAAAGCUUGAGGUCCGCGAUGCAAUGUCUUUGGAGAUCCUAGUAUUUUACUCAAACUUCUUGCGCCCAUUCAUGCAGUCAUUGUACCUUGUUAUUGAAAGACUUCUGGCUGGUGACUCGAUUACACAAGAAUCGCAUACAAUUCGACUGUGGUGUAGGAAAUCCAUCGCCGGCUCUACCCACCUACCUUUUCCUCUCCUUCUAGAAGCAGUGAACUCAGAUUCCUUCCGAAACUCGCUCCGUUUAUUGCGAUGCAAGGGAAUACUGACAAGUGAUUCGAAGCAAUUUGAUAGGAAACAGGCAGAAAAAAUUCGCGAUGACCUACUACGGUUGCUGACCAUAAAUUAA